CAUACAUUUUUUUGCUUCAUAUACAUACGCCAUUGUAGUUUCACAACAACAGAGCAGCAUAUAAAAAAUGGCAUUAUAUUCAACCUUGUUUGUCGUAUUAUCAGUAAUAGUAACGAUGGUGUUAGCAGCAGGACAAGAAGAUGUAUUUGAAUGGCAACCUGAAAUACAUCACCAAUUCCGACCUGAUGAAAGUAUGCCUGCAACAUGGUUCUCACAACUCUUUUCUUUACUGGUACUUUCACCUUGGCUCAUUCUUGUGCUUGGCUGGAUGGUCAUUGGUAUUACUCCUAGUAAAGUCAUGUCUGGAUUAUCAAGUCAACGUGGUAUUUGGAUUCUCGCCUUUGUCAGCUCUUUGGCUGUGACAGAUUACUUGUUUUAUUUAUAUUGGACUCAAUGGAACAUCUUCAAAACAUUGACCUACGUAGCUGGUUGGAGCUUGGUCUUAUUCACUACUGGGCAACUCGCCUUAUCUUCAGUUCAACGUUAUAGACUUAGGGUGUAAAUAAUAAUGAUAAUAAAAAAUAUAUAUCUUUACUGGCAGCA